AUGGUCCGCGGCUAUCUGAUUGGAUGGGGAAUAAAUAUUCCGGAUGUGGACCAGGUGAAAGUGCCGGCCAACCUCAGGUUUUAUACAAUAGCGAAUUUGAAACCUGGACGUGACUAUGUGAUUUCGUUACGAGCCUAUAACGUUAUGGGAAACGGUUUUCCGAUCUACGAGACGAUACGCACACUAUCGCCGGAUACGAAGUCUGGAAUGUGGCAGCAAAAUAGUGAAGGUUCCGGGCCCAGUGAAACACCGGUCGGCGUCCGAGCUCUAACGCUUUCAUCCUCAGCGAUCAAAGUUACGUGGACAGAUGAUGAACUGGAAGUACCGUAUUCGAGGCAGUAUACCGUGCGAUAUAGUUCCAGUGCGGAGAACGGCGGACAGCAACGCUACGUGAAUACCUCAGAAUCAGAAGUAGUUAUUGAGGGAUUACGGCCGAAUACACAAUACGAAUUUGCAGUGAAGGUCAACGCCGGGAAGUGA